ACAAAAACGAAGAACAAGAAGAUGGGUAUGAACAUGAAGUCGAUAACUCUAUCGUUCGUGUUAUUAUUAUACGUUUCUAUAGGAACAGCUCAAUCAAGUGAUGGAGUUUUUGACGUAACAACAUACGGUGCUAAGCCUAAUGCUGAUAUAACUCAGAUUCUAGAAAAGGCAUGGAAGGACGCUUGUGCUUCACCGAUUCAAAGUAAAUUAAUUAUUCCAAAAGAGACUUACACGUUAGGUGUAAUCACAAUGCUUGGUCCUUGCAAGAGUCCAAUUGAUAUUGUCGUGCAAGGAACAAUAAUGGCACCCGUAGAUAUAACAGGUGAUGGUUGGAUUCAGUUCAGAUAUGUCGACAAAAUUUCAUUAACAGGUGGCGGAGUUUUUGAUGGACAAGGACAAAAAGCUUGGGCAAGUAACGAUUGUCAUAAAAACCCCAAGUGUGCAAGAAUUCCAAUGAGUUUGAAGUUCAGCUUUGUAAAAGAUUCAAUUGUGAGGGACAUAACGUCAAAAGACAGCAAGAAUUUUCAUGUCAAUAUCCUAGGUUGUAAGAAUCUUACUUUCGAUCACGUGACCAUAAAUGCACCGGGGAAUAGUAUUAAUAGUGAUGGAAUUCACAUGGGUCGUUGUGAUGGAGUUAAUAUCAUCAAUUCAGUUAUUGGUACUGGUGAUGAUUGUAUCUCACUCGGAGAUGGAAGCAGACAGGUAACAGUUACGAACGUGACGUGUGGACCUGGACACGGCAUAAGCGUAGGAAGUCUAGGACAAUAUCUUGUUGAAGAACCGGUUGCUGGGCUUUAUGUCAAAAAUUGUAAAUUAAUUGGUACAACAAAUNAUAAUCAGUAA